UUCGAUGAGGAAGGUUGACGGCGAAAAUCGUAAAAUCGCGAUCUUUUUCACGUACACCAAGUGAUUUUUAUGUUAUCAAAAAAAAAUACUUGAUCGAAAAGUUAAAAACUUUAAAACGAAAUAGAAAGAACUAACCCAAAAAAAAGUUGUGUUUGUUUUCUUCAUAGGAGCAUUAAAAAAUAAUUAAAUUGGAAUAUUAUAUGCCAAAUAAAAUACGACAAAACAUACAAUUUUAUAUUAACAACGAUGGAUUAAAUUUGGACCAUUUCGAAUGAAAAUAAUUUUCAAUAUGAAGGAAUUACGAUUAUGGAUUAUUCUUCACGUUGUACUUUUGAGGUGUUUUCAUGUGAGCGGCACAAAUGGUGGUCUGGUUGUGAGAGUAAGCGUGCCUCAGUAUCGGAUACCGGGGGAAAUAGCACAAUUACGGUGCGACUACAACCUGGGCAACGACAGCCUUUACGCCGUCAAGUGGUACAAGGACCAUGAAGAGUUCUACAGGUUCGUCCCGAAGCAAAGACCGGAAACCAUCAGCUAUAGCGUAGAGGGAGUUGACGUUGAUAUGAGUUUAUCGAAUAAUAAUACGGUCGUGUUACGAUCGAUAAGCUUGAAAACGAGCGGACUUUUUCGAUGUGAAGUUUCAGCCGAAGCACCCUCAUUCAGUUCAGCGCAAAGUGAAGCCAGGAUGGACGUUGUCUCUUUGCCGAAAGAAGAUCCUCAAAUAACUGGAGUUGAAACGGAAUAUCAAAUUGGGGAGGAGGUCAAUUUAAAUUGUACAUCGGGAAGGAGCCACCCUGCUUCAAUUUUACAUUGGUACAUAAAUGAACAACAGAUUGUAAGUCCAACUGCUUUAAUUCACUACCCACCCGUACAACAUAAACAUGGAUUAGUGUCGAGCAUCUUAGGGUUAAGAUUUAUACUAACGGCGCGUCAUUUUAUGGGUGGUUCAAUGAAGAUUAAGUGUGUCGCGACGUUAUCGCCGGUUUUAUGGCGAGGAGAUCGAGAAAGUAUAGUCCAAAGUCUACCGGUGAAACAAAUGAGAGAAGCUCUCCUAUUGGUGAGAAGCGACUCAUCCGGAAAUCAACCUUACUACGCAUCAACAUUCUUCGCGAUCAUCAUCUCGAUGUUUUUCACGUGACUAAUUGUGGUAUAAACCAAAAUAAAUCGACGACCUAAACAACACAUCGAACUUUUAAAUAAACAAAAAGAAAGUAAAAUUAUAAAAAAAAGUGGUGUAUUUCUUUUUUUCUACGCUUAGUGUUUACUUCAAAGAAUUUACGAACGAAGAAAUGUAAAGAAGACGGUUCCAAGUUCCACGACAACUCAACAACGAAGGUUAGCAUUUUUCAGACAA